GAAUUCCCGGCGAUGAGACAACUGGCCAUCAAAUCGGGCGAUGCAUUCAUUCUUGUAUUCUCUGUGGACGACAGCGAGUCCUUCGAAGAGGUCCGACGGCUCCGGGAACUCAUACUUGAGCUCAAGAGCCAAGACAACAACGAUAACCACAACCAGAUCCCGAUCCCCAUCUGCGUCGUCGGCAAUAAAAACGAUUUAUUAGACGAUCGACGAGUCAUUAGAAAGGAAGUGGCGGAAAGUGUGAUAUGUCUGGACUGGGAGAACGGGUACGUCGAGUGUUCGGCCAAAAGCAACACAAAUGUAGUGAAAAUAUUUCAGGAGCUAAUGAUCCAGACUAAAGUGCCUUACGAUGUCGGACCCGCCAUAGCUAAUGGAAAGCCCCGGAGAAGCUCAUUACCCGAGUGUCCCACCAGUCCCGUCAACAAAGACAAGGGAAUGCCUAAACGAAACAGUUGUGCCGUUUCAUAGACAUACACAACUCGGUGGACAGGGAUGUCAGCGAUGUUUACGACGAUAUAUGGAUAGGUAUAGAGAGAUAGAGGGAUGACGUGACGACAUACCCAUACAUUACAAUCUCUCUCUCAUUGUCUAACCAUUGAAUUAGAAAAAGCAUUUAGUUUUUAGUAUUCAUUUGUAUAGCGAUUAUAAUUGAUCUAGGCAGUUUACCCAUACAAUGGCUAACAUACGAGUAAACAUAAAAAACUCUUACAAAGAAGUCUCAUGAUUUAUUUAUUUUUUCAUUUACUACCAUGCUUACAAUCCAUUUGUGUGACAUAGAUACCAAAAUGUACUUGUUCAUUUACUAAAAUACGAC